AUGAAUGCUAAAUUCAGUUUUGCUUCACAUGCUGCAAGAAGUUCACAAGCAGAAAUGUUUCAGUAUAAAAACAGAUAUGUUACCACUAUUUUUGGGGAUUCUGAUGAAAUUGGACUGAGCUUGUUUCUACAAUAUCCUCAGGUGGAUAACCAAGGCUAUUAUAAGGGAAUUGUGGAAGCACUGAAAACACUUGUGGAACAAAGUGGUAAAGGAAGAGUAGGUUGUAGAAGGCUGUGCUUGAGACCUGCAAUUUCAGAAAAUGGAGAAAAACCAGGAUACAAAAAUUUACCAGAAGUUUCAAAUUUACCUCAGUUGUUUAUCAAUUCAGAUGCUUUUCAAGAUGAGUGCAUCCAGGGACAGUCUGGUGUUUCACAGGAUUUAGAAAGCACAAGUAUUCUCUUUAAAAUAUCAGAAUCUUGUGUCAAUUUGUGGCUACAUCACUUGGGUUACAAUGAUUAUAGUCACUCACAUAAGGAUGUGGCUUCAAUCAAAUUUCAUCAUGCACCAGUAUUCAAAGAAUCCAUAGCAUGUACUCGUGAUGAGAAGGAUGUAUCCACAUUUGAGACAACCCGUUUCAGUAGGCGUGAUGUCAUUGACAACAAACUGUCGAAGAAUAUUGAUACAGUUGCUACAACCUGCAUGGCCUCAACAACUAGAAGUAAAAUUUUGCUAAUACAGGAUCAAAUGUGUAACUCAGAAGGAAAUAGCUGUGUAAAUGACAAAAAAAUUGAUAGUAAACAUUCUCUUAAUGGAAAUGAUGAUACACUUUCUAUACUGUUCUCCAUUAAAAACAAUGUUUUUGGUGGUAAUUACCAAAAGAUUCUGAGCAAACAUUUAUUUAAAAGUUCACGUCACCACAAAACAAACACAGGCUCCAAUUCUACAAUUAUUAAAAAAUUGAAAGAUGAUUCUGCAAAACAGGAAGAUCAUUGUCAUAAUGAUAAAUCUGUCAACCAAGAAGGGUCUUUAACUCCUAGCAGACAGGUAAUCACUGAACUAUCUUCUCAUCAUCAGAAGCUAUUGCCACUAAAAUCAUUUUUUGGAGAAACUGAUACAGACUGUCUAGCACCUGCUGCGUUUAUUCCGUACGAAGUAGAAGAAGAAAAUUCUAUAUUAAACAACGAAGACACCUGUAAUGGGAUCUCACAAAGUGAAAAAGGCAAGAACUGUCUUGUUACUGAAACGUCCUCUUACAGUUCAUUUCUAGAAGACACAAUUUGUAGUGUUGUUGAGUCCGAGUUACUGUACAGCAAGAAUACAACCACAGAGAAGUGUCCAGUUCUUAUACAUCAUGAUGUUGAUGCCAUGAAUGAUAGAGAUUCCGCAGUAACACAAAAUUCCUGGUUGGCAUUAAAUGAAAUGUGUUCAGGCUCUGAACAACAAGUUUUAGGACUGUCUGCUCAGAAAACAAAUCAAGUGGGUUCGAAAACACAGAAUUCCAAUUUAGAACCAGCAGAUGAAUCAGAAGUAAUUAUUAGUAGCACAAGUACAUUUGAAGAAGCCAAUACUGAGGUUGUUGACUGUAAUUUUAAUGACAAAGCAGAGUCAUUGUUCUUGUUUGAAGAUGAGUUGCCUUGUGUCGAAUCUUAUGUAGAAGCCGAUGAUGUCACAAUUGUAUCAGGAACACAUGAUGGUAUUCUGGAUGAAGAAAAUGACAUUGAUGUUCCUUGUGUUGUUGUAUAUCCUGAAAGUCAUGAAAAUGUGUUGCACUCUGAAGGAAAUAUUGGCACACACAUUUCGUCUGUGGAUGUGUGUUCUGAAUCCGAUGUCAUUACAACUGCAAUUAUUUCUGAUGAUGUUUGCAUGAAUUCAAACUGUGUUAUUGUUAGUGAGGAUGAAUCGUCAAGGCAAUCUCCUCAGAAUCUGUUGAUGGACAUAGUUCCCUGCAGCACUCAAGAAGAUACAGUGGAAUUUAGACAUUUUUCUACAGAAUGUACAGAUGAAUAUCAGAACAGCACAGUAUCAAGUACGACACACAUUAAUGAACUAGCAGACUCAAACAGGUUAAAGGCAAUGACCACCGUUUUACUCAAGGAGGACAGAGAGAAUCAGAAUAUCACUACCUCUGACAUGCAUGGGGAAUUUUCCUUUUUUGGAGAAGAAGUUGAUUAUUACAAUACGGGAGUGUUACAAGCUGACUCAGUUUCUGAUUGGCCUUAUUUGGAAGAAGAAGUUAUUUCAGAGCUUCAGAACUCAGAUGUAGAGCCGGAGGUUCCAUUAGGGAACACAACUUGUGAAAGAAAUUCAGGUAAAAACCAAUCUCUGGCUUGCUCUCCAACAACACUAAAUAAUCUAACUAUGAAGAAUGGUUUACAGUGCCAGAAUCUAAAUAUGGAAGAAAGUUCUGGCACAAGUAAAAGAAGUUCAGCAGAAGAAAAUUAUACACAGGCUAACAAUGAACUUAUUGAUCUGAAAUGUAGGUUGAGCUGGGAUAAGAUAUUUGAUUUGUCUGGGAAAGACAAAUGCAGUGGUUACAAAAUGAAAAACAGGAUAAAAAAAACUGUCACCAAAAGCUGGCCUUAUUACUGCAAAACUCAAAGUCGUUGGAAGUGGCCCAAAUCUAAGGACAAACUGUAUAGUAAAAUGAGUAAGAAACUGAAAGAAAUAAGUAUAUCAUCAGAAGUCAGAAAACAGAAAGAUGAUUUUAUGAGUGAAUGUUUGGAAAAAAAUUCUAAAAAAGUAAGUGCCACCUUACAGUUUGACAAAGCAGAGACUAGUAUGCACAGAUCUCCACUUAAUUCCUCUUCAUUAAAACAAAACACGUGGCAUGUUACCCAUGGGAACAAUUCUAAUCCUUGUGGAUACAAGAGAGAGAAAAACAAUAAUUAUGUCAUCGAAUCUGUGGACAAUAAUUCAAAAUCUGACAUCUUAUCUAAUCCCAUUGUUUUAGUUCAGAGACUUAUACUGAAACGAAACAGAGAUCACCCUGGCCAUGGAGGAAAAACUAAAGUGGAUAAAAAGGAUCCUUUUUCAAGAUAUGUAUGUAAUGUCGAAGAGAGAGCUUCAUGUUCAAAUCUUUAUAAACGAGAAAUUUGUAAAUUGGACACAUUGGGUUCUAAAAACAGCAGUGAUAUGUAUAGGCAUAGAGAUGAACAGAGUUUCAUUGAAAUAAGAGGAAAACAAGGGAACACAGAAGAUUCAUACAGUGGCAGCAUAUCCAAAUCUCAUGACAACAUUGACAAAACUUUUAAUAUGGUGAAAGCUGACAGUAUCAGUUCCAGAAAAACGGCAAGUUAUUCUGUUGAAGUUCAACAUGUGAAGCACACGAAAGAGGUAAGAAAGCCAAAUGACAAAAGCAUAAAAAAAAAUUCAGAUGAGUGCAUCAAAGAACUACCUCGCGUUAUUAUCAAACGUUCACCAGAUGGGAGUACAAGAUACAAAAGCUUUCUCUGUCUAUCUGCAGCUACAGAGAAAUACUGGCAACCUGUAGUGAUGCUGAAGAGAGAUUCAAAUGUUGAAGAACUGGCCAAACGAAUGCAAAAACGUAAAUUUUCACCUCAUGUUGUAGAUGCAAGGUCACAAAGUAAUUUGAAAAUUCCCACAGGAAUUAUGGAAAAGGCCCACAAGAUUAAAUGUAAGGAUAAUAUGCAUGCUUCUGGUAAGAAGAAUAAUGGGAAUGAGCAUGAAUGGGGAGCUAUUGAUACUUCCAUAGCAAGCCAAAAGAAGAUUAUCAGAAGGAAGGAAAAGGGUGAUUUAAGUGAGCCUAAGAAUUCAAAACACAGUGAUACUAAUUCAUUAAGCAUCAGCUCCUGUGAAUCAUUGCAUAACAUAAUUGAAGCAAACAAUUUUCCUGAUGAACAGAUUGAAUUACAGUCUGCUUUAGUUUGUGAUACAGUACCCUUAAAGAGUGGGAAGAAAUACAAAGGAAUGUUGAAACACGAUAAGAAUUUCACUGAAGAACGGGGGAAAGAUUGCAGGAGAAUUGAGUCAGACUGUCAGGAGAUUUUGCCCAAUAUUGAAUUGCCACAAAGGAGGCAAAGUGUUGAAGUGUUUUCAGAUACUAAAGUGAAUAAUGCUUCAGUCUCAACUCCAGGUGAAUACAAUCAAAAGCAUUUUACCAGUAUGUGUGAGAGUAAGCAUAAUUAUCAUGAGUCUUCUCAUACAUCAAGUAAUGAAGAAAGACCUUCUGUGCAUUACAGCAGCUCAAGGGAUAAAAUACUCAGGAAGAAGUUUGAAGAACGGCAAAAAGCGGAAAAAAAUUCGAAAAAGAGGCAUUCUGAGUGGACAGAUUCGAAGUCUACUGUGAAGAAGCAAUGUUUUUGGGACUGUGAUUACACAAAGUCAGCAUCUAAAUCCAAGCAAAAAUGUCCAGAUAUUACUGUUUUUUCGAACAAAGAGCCUCAUUUUCCCAUCCACCACAGAGGUGAAAUGGCUACACCAAAUGCCCGGUGUUCAUUAAUUGAUCAACAAGUUUCAUUGCAGAAUGAUGAAUUAGAAGCUUGCAAAUCUGGUGGUGACUGUAACCGCAUGGGCCAAGAUGGUGGUAAAAUUGAUUGUCAGGCUUGUGGAAUAGAAUUAAAGAACUUUGCAGAGCGGAGUUCCCACAUCAGGCAGCACCCAUAUCACUGUCAGCGCUGUCAUCUAGCAUUCAGAUCAGAGGGGGAUUUUGUUAAUCACUUGUCACUGGAACAUCCACAGACAAAAGAGCAGCACCAUUGCCUUCUUUGUGAGAAGAGCUUUACUACUUCAGAUAAACAUCAGAUGCACUUGCAAGGAAGAUUCCAUCGCUAUGUAGAAUUAACUCAGCGAAGAACUAUUCAUACAGUUUUUACACUAUUGACGGGUAGAGCAUGCCCCGGACUUCCAUCUCUCACUGAUGCCGAGAUGGAAGGUCUUGGUUGGUUUCCAUCAGAACCUGGAACUGUACAUUUCUAUCACCAAGCUACACCAUUGCAGAUGGCUGUCCAGGGUUGGCUUAACUGCCAGAGAAAUAAAUCUGAAUGUGGAAUUGUAGAAGAAAACAAGAAGUCAGAAUUUAAGGAUCCUUCACAAUAAGGAAGAGAGACAGAAUGCACUUUGUGAAUGAUUUGAAACUGAAGCCGGUGUAAGUAAUUAGAUGUGAUAAUGCCAGGUAUAACUUUUUUAAGUGCAAUUUUAUGCUAUGGUCUGCUUGGAGACCAUUACUCUAUACAUCUCAGAUAUUGUCAUGUGUUAUCUCCAUAUUUUUACUUGUGGAGAACUGGACCAAAGUUAUGUGCUCAAUAUUGGGACCACCAGUCUGAGUUAUUUCUAACAUUUAAGACAGUUACUGAACGUAUAUAUAUUCUGUAAUGUUCAAAUUUAUUUUUGUACAUAAUAUAAAUUAGUUGUAUGAAACAUCAGAAAAUUAUAGAUUUUAGAGUACAAGAAAAGAAAAUAUCAGGUGUUUCAUAUCAUAUUUUAAGAGUAAAACAGAUAAGGAAGUAGUUGUAGAUACCAUUGUGCUUUAAAUACUAUAAUAAGUGUUUUAAACCAAAGAUUAUUGCUAUGUUGAAGGAAUCUCACAUGACAGUUUUUGUGAAUGGCAUUAGGGUACUGCUUUGAUGGAUUUACUUCACACUUUAUGUACUUCUAAAUUGAUUCAUUUUUUUCUUCUUUCAUGUAUAAUUUUGUACAGAUCUGUAUGAAAUUUCAGCAUGUUGAGUGUUAAUGUUCUUAACCUCUGGCUCCUUUCUCAUUUGCCUGAGAAUGGGAGUGGGGACAAGGCAAUAACAAUUUGGAACAAUGUGAGGGGAAAGGAUAAAUGUCAGAAUAAGUGGUAUAUCUUUUUCUCCUUCAUAGUUCAUUUAAUAUAGCCAAAAUUCAUUUAAUGAAUCAUUACAGGUAAGAUACCUCCCAUAUAAUGCUACAGAAUUUAUUUAUUUACAAGUGUACCUAUUGUUUGCAAGAAUAUGCAUUCAGAACUGAAAGCAUACAGUGAGGUAUGCCAACCUGUGCCUGAUAAUAUUGGUAAAGCUUCCUGAACACCCUCUACACAGUAUCCAAUACGGAAAAUACAGUUUUGUUACUCACCUUGCUUUAGCUGUCAGGAGUUCAGACAACUUACAUAUCACAGGUUUCAGAUGUUAGUACUGCCAAAGAAACAUAACCACAUUCCGAAGUGGAAAGAAACCCAGAACUUCAUUGUGUGUGUGUGUGUGUGUGUGUGUGUGUGUGUGUGUGUAUUCCAUAUUAUAUCCAUAAUGAUCUCCAACCUUCUUUUUUCAUACAGCCCCAGAAUGGGAAAUAAACUAGAAGUUUUAUUUUGCAACACCAGGCAAAUAAAUAACACUGUCAUUGUUUUUUCAUGAUGUAGUUAUCAAUUAAAGAUCUCAACUUUAAUAACUAACUUUUUAUUAUAUGCAGUUUGAGGUGUGAUACUGAAUUUUAACACACUGACCACAAGUUUCACAGAAUUGCUGUUAAGUAGAUAGCACACUGAUUUUGCUAGUCACUUUCAGCUUUUUGGAAGAAAUUUUUGGAACACCUGAUAUUUUCUAAAUCAUUACUAAUGCCUUAAUCACUGUUAAUGAGGAAAGUUCCUAUGUAUACCUGGUGAUACUUGGACACUACAGUAGGGAGGUUCAGGGUUCUGUUUUCACGUUGUACAUAUAAUUUUUUUUUUCUUUGGCCAGUAAGGGGAUGGUGGUCUGUGAAGUACAAAUGGUGGUUUGUCACCAAUAAAUAAAAUAUUUAACAUGUUAUAUGUAUAUCAGCUUCUGUGCAAAACAGAUAUUACUAGUUACCAUGUGUGUUAAGUUUACGAAUAUAUAAUUGUUAUAUUUUCUGUGUUAGAUUCUUAAUUUCGUUUAUUAUAAUAUUGGAUUCUAUUUUAUCUUAAUUUGAAAAAGAAACCCAUCUUUACUGAAUCUGAUGCUUAAUUAAAAAUGAGAUUUUAGUCUUAGUAUAGUAAUCUGUUGUUGGUGAUUUACUUGUACACAAAACUGACAUUCCAUCAUGUUUUGAUUUUCAAAUUACACUGUAGCUUAUUUGGUACACAACUGACAGAAACACAAAGCCAUCACUUGGAAGUGUUGUAGUAUUCACGCUGAUUUCCAAAUCAGUGCCUGCUGUACUCCAGUUUUAAUGUGUCAUGACAAAUGCCUCUUCUGGGCAGCAGAAAAAUUUAAUUAAAAAACUUUUAAUACAAUAUGCUAGUAAUAUUUGUAAAAUCACAGUCCUUUUAUUACUACAUUUGGUUGAGUGACACUAUAUAUAUUUAAAGGAGGACCAUGUAGAGCUUUCCAAUGGGGAAUAAAAGCACCUUCAGUAAGGAUGGGUGAAAGCCAUAGUCGUAAUUGUUCUGUAGAAAAGGAGAAACAUUUCCAGAAGAAUUGUAUUGCACAUUAGUGUGCAAUAUCUAUAUUAAGGAAGAAGCAUUCCUAAAGCCAUUGACAGUAACACACUUUUUAAAAGCAGAAAGACCAAAAAGGGUAGUGAUAGUCAUCUGAAUGUGUCAUGAUUAAAUACAAUGGUUUGAAACUGUGCUAGGGAAGUGUUAGGUUGUUAUCUUUUUGUGUGAGGAAAGCAAUUUUUUUUUUUUUUGUUUUUAAGGGAUUUGACAAGAAUGGUAUGAAUAUCUAGAGUACAAAGCCUCUGCAAAUUAUACAGUCACAGCAAUGGAUUCCUUAUAGGUCUGCAUGUGUAAGAAUUACUUUACCAACAUACUUUUUAAUUUCCUUAAACUGUUGUCAUGGAAGGUUAAAGAAAAAUUAAACUCUUUUCAUUUGCAUGCAAGAAGCAUUACAGCUCACAUCACUUUUUAAAAUUAUGUAACAGAGAAUUAUACUUAAGCUAACAAAAAGAGAAUGCAGUAUAUUGAUUUAUUAGGAUUGUGUAAUUUGAAAAGUAUGCCCUGCUGUAAAUAUUGAAUCUGAGAAAUUUUAAAUACCAUUAUUUUGUUAGCAGAAGUAAAAGACAAUCUAUUUGUUCAUUUAAUUGUCAGUCACCCAUAAUUUACUCUGAAUUUUGUUUCAUCUUUACUUUUUUUUAAAAGUGCUCAGUAAAUUGUCUAAACUUUCCCCAGGCGUUUUGUGUAGCUCAUUGUCGUAGGUAUUUCCAACAUUGUUACUUGUUGCAAUAAUUACAUGCUUAGUUAAUAUCAACUGUCUUUUCAGUGGUCCCCACCCUUUCUGUUGCGUAUAUUACCUGUCGUUUCACAGUCAGUGUGUUUCUCAAAACUGACGUAGUACUUAGGUGGCUCUUAGGAAUUCUUUUUCCCUAUUAAAUGCAGUACAGUUCCAAGCAUUUAUUACAAUAGUGAAUGUGUAUAAUUUUGUUUAAGGUGAUUCCAAAACUUUUGUUUGAAUGUAUGCUAUACUUUGUAUGCAUUACAUUAACAGCGACAUGUCAGACAUUCACGUCUACUGAGAGUGAAGAACAAAUUAGUAAUUACAGAACAGAAUGAUUUGCAUGCUGUUUCUUCCCAUCUGUAAUAGUUCGAGAGGCUGUCAUCUAUAUUUUAUGCCUAAAUAAAAUCAGCAAUUUAUAUUUUUGGGGAAGAUCAAACCUAAUAAUAAGCAGUAUAAAAAUUCAUAAUGUCAUGUCAAGUGUAAAGAGUAUAUUACAGCAGCUUUGAAGAAAUGCGAUUUGUAUUUUUUUUUUCUUUGAAACUUGGAUACUGUCCAAAUUAUAAUGAUGUAACUGACAAAUUUUAAAUGGGUCAAUCAGUUUAUUUUCAUGCAAUUGUAGCAUUCCACCAGACAGUAUAUAUUCAUGGGAGUUUUUAUUCAUGUGUGUAUCAUCAUUUUCUGAUGUGGAAUGUAAAUAUAAAUGAUUUGUCACAUUGUCUUAUCACAGGAUUGUGUUUUAGUUGUUAGUUUGUGAUCACUGUUCAGAGCACUCGCUGUGUUUUUGUACUUACCUGUGGAAUUAUAUUGUGAUUAAGGAGUGUGUUGUGCCUAAUAUAUUGUUUAUCUGAAUAUAUGGAAGAUUUUAUGUCUGUUGCAAUGUCAAUGAAAAUGUGGGUAUUUAUGAAGGGUAUUUAAAAUGUUUGAAAUAGUUUUAUCACGUGUGUUGUUUGAUAUGCAAACUUGCAAAGUUAUUGUUGGAGUGUUUCAAUUAUGCAAUUUUAAUAUGGCAGAUUCAUGUUAUCCUUAUACACCAAAUGUACACAUUUCAGUGAAAUAAAUUGUUGUAGAAA